GAGGGCCUCAGAAUAAAAGCAGGAAGGGCGCCGCAGCUCCCCAGCCGCCUGUCGCUCGCCCCCGCCUUCCCUUUUGCGCAGAAUCCUGGCCGGGCUGCGGCAGCGCGCUGCCCCCACUGGCCGGCGCGCCGUGAUCGAUCGCACACUGCGUCAGAAUCCUCGCGGCGUAUAAAUAGGGGUGGCAGGACCGCGCCGAGCCGCACACAGCCAUCCAUCCUCCCCUUCCCCUCUCUCCCCCGUCCUUCUCUCUCCAGGCCCCCAGCGCCGCCGCGGCCGGGGAGGCACCGGCCGCCACCAUGAGUUCCUUCAGCUACGAGCCGUACUACUCGACCUCCUACAAGCGGCGCUACGUGGAGACGCCCCGGGUGCACAUCUCCAGCGUGCGCAGCGGCUACAGCACCGCGCGCUCCGCUUACUCCAGCUACUCGGCGCCCGUGUCCUCCUCGCUGUCCGUGCGCCGCAGCUACUCGUCCAGCUCGGGCUCCUUGAUGCCCAGCCUGGAGAACCUCGACCUGAGCCAGGUAGCCGCCAUCAGCAACGACCUCAAGUCGAUCCGCACGCAGGAGAAGGCGCAGCUCCAGGACCUCAACGACCGCUUCGCCAGCUUCAUCGAGCGCGUGCACGAGCUGGAGCAGCAGAACAAGGUCCUGGAGGCCGAGCUGCUGGUGCUGCGCCAGAAGCACUCCGAGCCGUCCCGCUUCCGGGCGCUGUACGAGCAGGAGAUCCGCGACCUGCGCCUGGCGGCGGAAGACGCCACCAACGAGAAGCAGGCGCUGCAGGGCGAGCGCGAGGGGCUGGAGGAGACGCUGCGCAACCUGCAGGCGCGCUAUGAGGAGGAGGUGCUGAGCCGCGAGGACGCCGAGGGCCGGCUGAUGGAGGCGCGCAAAGGCGCAGACGAGGCUGCGCUGGCCCGCGCCGAGCUGGAGAAGCGCAUCGACAGCCUGAUGGACGAAAUCGCCUUCCUGAAGAAGGUGCACGAAGAGGAGAUCGCCGAGCUGCAGGCGCAGAUCCAGUACGCGCAGAUCUCCGUGGAGAUGGACGUGUCCACCAAGCCCGACCUCUCUGCCGCGCUCAAGGACAUCCGCGCGCAGUACGAGAAGCUGGCCGCCAAGAACAUGCAGAAUGCCGAAGAGUGGUUCAAGAGCCGCUUCACCGUGCUGACCGAGAGCGCCGCCAAGAACACCGACGCCGUGCGCGCCGCCAAGGACGAGGUGUCCGAGAGCCGCCGCCUGCUCAAGGCCAAGACCCUGGAGAUCGAAGCAUGCCGGGGCAUGAACGAAGCGCUGGAGAAGCAGCUGCAGGAGCUGGAGGACAAGCAGAAUGCCGACAUCAGUGCUAUGCAGGACACAAUCAACAAAUUAGAAAAUGAAUUGAGAACCACAAAGAGUGAAAUGGCACGAUACCUAAAGGAAUACCAAGACCUCCUGAACGUGAAGAUGGCUUUGGACAUUGAGAUUGCAGCUUACAGGAAACUUCUGGAAGGCGAGGAGACCCGGCUGAGUUUCACCAGCGUGGGAAGCCUCACCAGUGGCUACUCCCAGAGCUCCCAGGUCUUUGGCCGAUCUGCCUACGGCGGUUUACAGACCAGCUCCUACUUGAUGUCUGCCCGCUCCUUCCCGGCCUACUACACCAGCCACGUCCAGGAGGAGCAGAUCGAGGUGGAGGAGACCAUUGAGGCUGCCAAAGCAGAGGAAGCCAAGGACGAACCCCCGUCUGAAGGAGAAGCAGAAGAGGAGGAGAAGGACAAGGAGGAGGCUGGAGAAGAAGAGGGAGCCGAAGAGGAAGAAGGAGCUGCCCAGGAAGAAUCUGAAGAUGCGAAGGAAGAAGAAGAAGGAGGUGAAGGUGAAGAAGGAGAAGAGACCAAAGAAGCUGAGGAGGAUGAGAAAAAAGUUGAAGGUGCUGGGGAGGAACAGGCAACUAAGAAGAAAGAUUGAGCCCCCACCCUGCUCCCCUUUUCUUUAAUGAUGCCAGGAAUAAUUCUCCCGAAAUCAGGUCAACCCCCAUCACCAACCAACCAGUUGAGUUCCAGAUCCUCUGUGAAUUAAAAAGUCAAUCUAUGUAUAAUUCUGAGAUGACUUAGGUUGGACAUUCAACGUUGUGCUAUGACUUUUCUCUUUAUGCAGAGUAUCUGUUUGCUUGCGGAGUGGCUUUCUGGCUUGCUGCCAGCCUGUGCAUGGUCCACGCUUAUGAGUUCAGGAUCUAUGGCAAUGUGAAUCAUUCAGAUGUUUACAAAUAAAACACACACACACACACACACACACACACACACACACACACACACCACGAAUCAAUGAAUUCACUAAUGUUAAACUUCAUGGAGAAAUAGUCCUUUGAGCCUUCGGUGGUUAAACAUUAAAAGACCUCAAGUGAUGUGCAAUAAAUAGUAAAUAAAGUUACACUGACUGACAUCUUUCUUGCUGUGGUUGUUGACUUAAUUAAAAUACCCUAAAGAGGGCACAAGUCUAAACUAUAUACAAGUGAUCUGUUGACCUCUAAUUUUUUUAAAAGGCAAGAUUUUAACAAUUACUUCCCCCCCCCCCUUAAUUGGAAAUUCUGAGGGAUACAGUGAGGUCAUGACUAUUCAUGAAAUCUUUCCCUUCAAAAAUGUUAUGGAUCAUAAACAUGAGUAGAUGAGAAAGUCUAUAAGUAACAAGAUAUUUUGCCCCAUAAAAUAUAUAAUAUUAGGUUGCAGGACAGCUUUAUAGGAAGCAAGUCUGAAAAUAUCUGACAGAUACACCCUUUAUAGUAAAUAAGUUGGUUCAAACUAGUAUGUAAUGAUAAUACAAUAUGAAUAGGAUAUAAAUCUCACACCUCUCUAAAACCACAUUUUAAAAUAUAGUCUAAAUAUCAUGGGCAAAGGUUGAAACCUGAGCACAUGAUAGAAUCAGGAAGAAGAAAUUUUUUUGCCAAUGUAUAACUUUGGGAGGAGAGAGUCAAGACUAUCAAAAGUUGUUUGUCACUCCCCUGCAAACAUGUUGCCUGUGAUCCUGAGCUCAUGAUUCAGUGCGUUGUUCGCUUAAUUCUGUUGUCUCAAGUAAAUAGCAUUUAAUGCCACACAUUUUAAACCUUUUUACAAAACUACAGACACAGGUAAUGAAAUUAUUAUCAGUCACUUAAGGGGGGAGAUAAUAUACUUGUAUGUUAUAUUGGCAUUGCUCUGCAUGUCUUUAUUGGGAAAUAUUUGGAUUUCAGUGAUAGCUUAACUGGUUGGACAUUGCAUCAAAUACACACCCCAUCUGUCCUCCCUGUCCACGUGAAGUUACGGAUGCUCUCGCAAUUGCAUUUGAUGGGGAAUGUAGAUGACAUUAUUGACUAUCUGCUGCUACUCUGCUUCUGUUCUUAAACAAUUGUCUUGUCAGCUGACUUUGUUCAAUAUUUGAUUUUUAGAUGAUAUAUUUAAGUUAUGAAUUUAACCUGAAACCAAAGUGGUCUCCAUUUAAAGUUAUUUGUUCCCUUUGCACCACCUAUUUCUAGUUAAAUAUAUGUUACCGUGCAAAUAGGUAAAAUAUUUCUUUAUCUGCCAUGAAGAUAUGGAUUUGAACUAUGAAGGCUCUGAGCAUAUCAGCUUCUGUAAAGAUUAAGAGUCUCAGAACCAGGCUUUUCACAUUUAUGCUAAUUGGAUGUGAGAUGAUACACAUGGUGAAUUUCGGGCAGAUGCAAACUUCAUCUACAAAGUAACUUCAGUUAAAUGGGAACAGCUGGUUGGUUUGAGAAUUUCUUGGUUAAGUAAGAACACUGUACCAUACUCUAUCCUGUGUGCCAUAAUAAAAUACUGAAAAACCUAAA